AUGGAGAGCUUGCUCACGGAAGAUUUGUAUCGAAAUCCCCAUCGGCUUUCCCUGCAUGGAAAGAUAAUCUUGUUCAGCUGCAAACGAGCGUCAGCAGUGAGUGAGUUAAUAUUCCGCAGCGUUUCAUUUGAACGGGAAGACAACGCGUUCCUGAAGGCAGCUGAUGGAGCAGCUGUCAUCAGCAGGAAAAGAUCAGCUCAUGUGGAUAUUGUGAAAUGUAAAUGCGCCCUGAAUGUUCAGAGGAGAGUUACCACGCCGUGUAUUUUAGUAACAAAGAAGAGUGAGAAAGGGGGAAGCUUCCAGUAUAGUCUUCUCACACUGAGCAGCUCAAACCGACUGGAGCCCUGCAUUGAGUUUAAACUGCCUUAUCCAAUAGGGGAGGAUGUGUCUAUCCUCCGGGGCCCCACGGUGCUGUGGAGGCAUGCUGGUAAUGUCUUCUAUGCAUCUCUGCAAGCAGGAGAGGUGAGACAGAUACCCAUUCAGUUGUCCCACAGUGUUGUAGCAGAACUUCCCCUCCACAAAGAACAAGUAUGUAUUCUUGGACUGCAAAACAUUUCAGAACAGUGCUCAGAAAGUCAGCCCACAAACCAAACCCUGGGCUACUUUGUUAAAAGUGGACACACGUUUGAUGGCACUAUGAUUUUGCCUCAUCCCUAUAUUGGCAUCAUACGGUGCAUCUUGGUGCUGUCAGCUGAAAAAGUGGAUGACAGUGUGAUGAAAUCUGCUGUGGUUGCAGCAACUUCAAAACAGCAACUGGUUUAUUAUGAGGAUGGCAUUGUGAAAGAUGUGUGUCAGCUUCCCUUUGAACAGCCUGAAAACAUUCAGGUGGUCCACACAGGAAGACAUGGCUCCCUGUUUGUAACAUCUUUUCAGCAGGGCCAUGUAUGUGCUAUCUGGAAGGAAACAUUUCAGAUAGCCUCCCACUGGUCUAAUGUCAGCUCUGUCCAUGUGGACGACUUCUUGGGAUGUGGAACAGACCAGAUGCUGUUGGUAUUUGAGGAUCAUGGUGGAACAGGACAGCCUUUGGAAAACUUUCUCCUCACAGACCUGUGUGGCAUUUCAUAUUCUCGUGGUCAGGACAGUGAAGCACCAAACACACCGCCUCCUCCACCGGAGAACUAUCUCCUCACUCUCCGAGCGUUAGAGUCCAGACUGCAGAGUGGAUUGACCGUGCUUCAGGAGCUUCAACAUGAAGUGAGAGUGAAGGACCGAGUUCUACAGCAGUCAGUCCACGCCCUUACUGAUGGGGUCUCAGAAAGAGAGACUGUUCUCACCCAGCCUGAGCAGGAAGGCCUUAUAGCUCUGUGGGAUUGUGAUGAUGAUGAGUCAAAGGAUGAAGCCUUGGAUGACAAGACACAAGACAUGCCAGCAGUGUCUUCAGAACCGCAAGUUGACAAGCUGUGGCAUCGCAUCACUGAGGAGCGAAUGGUUGUGGGAGUGAUACUAACUACUGACAGCUCAGUACCAGUGGCCAGCGUGAGCUUAUCCGUCCUGACAGAGACGGGUCAGAGCUCAACGCCUGCAGUCAUCCAGACCCAGAGCCAAGUGUUCUGGCUCCCUCCGCCCUCCUCCCCAUCAUCAUCCUCUCCGUCCUCCUCUGCCUCCACGUUCUCAGAGCCCGCAGCCAAAAGAAGUAAGCAACACAAUGCCGGCAGACCCAAUGAUCUCAACACAUGCAGACUGGCUGUGACUGCUGUGACCAAGCUGACGCCUCUGUUGAACUCUGGCUGUGUCAAGUGCCGUGUCAUGCUCCAUUACGUCCACAGACAAGAUGCUUUUGCCCUUGUGAGCAACCCAACACCUUUUGUCCUGCAUUGUGGUCAAGUUGCUUUAGACAUUCAUAGUGAUUUCCAAACCCGACUGUUGAAAAACCCCGAACUCAAAACAGAUGAGGUUAAAGAGGACUUGCUGAGUCUGAUGGCGGUGCUGGAUCACCGGGUCUUCCACAUACACUCUCCUGAUCACAGCUUAGGUGAUAUAGAUGGCUGGAUUCAGAAAAGAGUGGGUUGUAAGAGGAUAGAAGUGAGCCCUCAGUAUCUACUGUUAAAUUCUUCAGGACCAUCUGCUCUCAUGCUGCUGCACUGGCAUCAGAUAACCCCUUUCCAGGGGGAACUGUCUGUCCACUCCAGCCCCUUGCAGACGCUCCAGUUCCUGGACUCCCUCUUGGCUUACCUCCCUGCAGCCUGCUCCAUCCAGCCUGUCAAAGGUACUAGAGGUCAGGGUGCAGCUCAAAUAUUUUCUUCGGCACUGGAGAAAGAGGUGGUGUCACUCAGAGACUGUGUGUCAUCACUACUUUGUGGAGAAGACGAGGAGGAGAUGAAUAGCCUCGGACUUGAGGAGACCCCCGAGCCAGGUUCUGUGAAGGGGCUCCAGAGGUGUCGGGAGGCGUUUCAGCGGGACGUUGAGAGGAGUAGGAGGAGGUUGAGCCCCCUUGUGGAUGUUGGGAGGUAUCGUAGGCUAACCCAAAGCAUGUCUAAAAUCCAGCUGGAGGGGGAUUUGGCAGCUCUCUUGGACACUCAGAGAACUUUGCUCCCUUAAUGCGCUGCAAUCCCAUCACAUAGUCUGGACAAGCAGUUAGUAGUAAUGGAGGAAAAAGUCUUUAUGGUGUAUCGUGUCAAGUGUAAUGACUUCAUCAUGUAUGCUCUGUGUAUUUCACCUGCACUGAGGGCAGCUCCUGUUGCUAUCUUGUUGUUGUCCCUGCUUUAUUGUGCAUGUCUGCUGCCUCAGACUCUCGGGGUUUGUAUCUAUCUAGUGUCUGCUGCUGUGUGGAGCCUCAGACUAUUUCCACUGGAUCACCUCCCCGGUUUCACUGCCUUAAUCUGAUACUGAUGUGAUGCUGCUGCUCUCUGCAAAGCUUAUUCUUCUGUUCAUGUCCCUUUUAGAGCCUCUGUGUUCAAAAAUACUCUUUAAUGUCUGCUGCUGCUGGGUGCUAUUCAGUAGGAGACAGAGACCACUUUCAUCCUUGGGUGAGAAACUGUUUGUGUUUUGAAUAAAGGCAACAGAUGAUGGUAGAGCAAAGGGGUUAUACAUCUGCUCAGUGGCUGGAGUUGACUGAAAGCUUUUAGUGGUGCUCUCCUCUCAUGGUUCAGUUAUUUUCCUGUG